UAUGACGUUGAAGUUCUAGGCGGUUGCUACAGUUUCCGUGCUGUUGAUGCGCCCUCCAGCCUCCUCCCAGCCACCGUGCCCAACCUCACCAUUUACGCAGCAGCAAAACUACCACGGCCUGCAGAUACCCAGAGAAGUCACACUCCUGCCUCCGCUCACUCUCACAUCCUUUCUUUCCUCGCAGCGUCGCUCUUCUAACCAUCGUCUGGCAGUGCAUAUCCCGGCCACACGCUGCAAGAGCCGCCUAGCCAAGUGCACCACCCACCACAGGCCCGCGCCCGAGUCUGUUCUUGACGCACUCCCCUCACCGCUUGCUCUUUCGCUGUCUCUUAUGAGGCAGAGGUAGCCACCAGCAACCCUCUGACUGCACUCCACCGCUCACAGCGCCCGGCCCUCUGGGGGCGCAGGGAGACUCAAGAAACGCCCCGGCAGAGGCAAUUGAAGCAACCACACAUCCAACAUGUCGAAUCUGAGGUUCGCCGUGAGCAUGCAACGGUUAAUACCGUUUCUUGGCUUCCACCAUGUGCUCAUGAUUCUCAUCGCAAUUGCGAUAAUAUUGCUGUCAUUGCUACUAGCAGGAUGCUCGUCCACAUCUCCACUCAUUCCUGGCAUCUUUCUCAUCUCCAUGUGGUAUGAACACUACACACCAACCUACUCGCCUGAGCAGGUCGACCCGGGUGUCACAGCCGCCAUUGCAAACAUUGUCGGCAACGCACAGCUCGGUGUUCGCGUCGGCUACUUUGGCAUCUGCAUCAACCGCGACGGCGGUGGCUUCAUUUGCUCCAACAACGCCACUGCGCUCGUCGACAAUGUGUCGGUCGACCAGGACCCGCUCAACCUUGUUUGGGUGGCCGCUACGUUCAAAGACGCCGUCGUGUUCCCCUACCUGUUGAUUGUCGCCAUCAUCCUCGCCUUCUUCACCUUCAUCCUACUUGCCACCUUUCCCGGAUGGCACGAGGAGCGGGACGAGCGAACUGGAUCCGACGUCGACGUCAAGCCCUUCCCAUCUCGGCCUGUGUCACAGGUUGCUCUCGCGCUCAUCUUCAUCGCCUCCAUCUUCGUCCUCGUCUCCGUCCUAUGGCAACAUACGGCCUCGGUUGCUGCAGCAACGAUUGUACAAGAUCUUGGAAAUGGCAGUGUCAAGUCUGGUGUCGGUACGUCGGCCAUGGUCCUCGGUUGGUUUGGCUUUGUGCUGCUCAUCAUAGUAACCAUUGGGUUGCUUGUCAUGAUUCUCAGCAUCAUCGUCCUCGACCGUCUUACCGACAACGACUAAACACCCGGCGAUGCUGCCAAUACAUUCCAGAACAUACUUUCGACAAGACGAUCGCUUUGUUGGCGCGACGAUGUAAUAUGAUGCCGAGCUGACUCGGCCUUUUCUUCUUUUGCUCAGUUACAUACCCUUUUUUUGAUGGCGCGUGGCAGCCUUCUGCUUAGAACGAUAUUUUUUGUGGCAUAUGCGGCGUUGAGAUUGGUUUUUGCAUCAGAUCGAUUUGAUCCAUGACGUUGAGUGUUGACUCACCGAGGAAUGUUAGACGAAUAGGAGGAACGAAUGAAACAAAAUGGAUGGAUGCUUGCAAGCACUGUACGUAUGUAGUAAACGACACAAUGAGAACCGG